GCGGCUCUGAAACUUGCAGACGUCCACGCGGCGUGAAUGUCUUGGAUUGCGGCGGAUACGAAUGACCUAGCUUCUGACGAGUGGUACUAACGCAAGAGGAAUAACAAGUUUGAGGGGUGAACCUUCAGAUCAGUAUGGGUCUUGAUGAAAUAGUGACACGAGCGGAGCAUUCAAUGUUGAUGUUGAGUCGGGCCGCCGAGCGAUCGCGUUUGGGGCGCACUUGCCUUUCAGCGUACAGACUGGGAAGGUACGCUGGAGAAGGGAAGCUGCAUCCUUCUCCACUUCGCAAACGGCGUUCCUACUACUCACAUCUGUUGAGUCCGAAGUGCUGGUGUCAUCUUGCCCAUCAUUCGCAUCUGUCUGUCAAACCACGAAAGGCAUUCUCAGCUUGUCUCUUCUGCUGGUAUAGGGAGCACCCUCGACAAGGCGAUCAAGCGGAGGCGUAGAAGGUACCGCUCGCUGCCGUGCGCGCACCACAACAGGUAACGUUACACAAGAGCCGGCAAGGAACUUGUCUCGGCCUCAGCACAUUAGAUGCAAACCCUGACAUUCAUGUUUCU